AUGAGGAGCAUUCUACAUAGCGUGCUUCUUGUGAACCAGAACGUUGGCAAGAACGCAAAGUCAAAGUGCAGGAGAUUCGUUUCGGCCACAUGUAAAGGGAAAAAUAUUUUCGAUACAAAGUAUGUUUUCAAGGGUGCGGACUACUCCCUCUGGAGUGAGGGGCGAAACGCACAACAGGGAAGUGUCCAUCUCCCGGGGGAAAACAAAAAAUGCUUUUCAACCUUUAUGAAGAAUGUUAUAGAGCAGGUCAAAAAAGACAUGAAGGAAAACAAGCAGUACCAAGAGGCCCUGAAGGAGCUGAAGGAAAAAACGGAAAUAGACCACAAGGCGGUGAAGCUGAAAAAAAAAAUACGGGAAAACAUAAAUCUCCUAAAACACAUAAAGGAAAAAAAUGAAGAAGCAGUGAAGCUUGUCUACAAUGACGUCAACAAUUUUAUUCACUACUGUUUUGAACAUUACACGAUUUUUAGGCUUUCCAAAAAUGCCAGUGUGAAAUUUUUCCUAAUUCUGCAGAAGUUCCUACUAUGCACAAGUAAUAAAUUAACAGAACUGGCGGAUAAGUGGAACGAGAAGAACAGCGCCUUUGUGCAGCUGGACAAGUGGAGGCAGGAAAUGGCCAUCAGGCGGUACAAGAAGAGUGCACACGCGGGGGGCGCAGGAAGCAACAAGGACAGCACAUCGCAAAGCGGUGAUCCCCACAGUGGUGCUCCCCAAAGGGAUGACCUCGACACGGGGGAAAACGAACAACUUACAAACCAGGCCAACAUGGAAAGUGCAAAUAAAGCGAAGCAGUCUGGAGAGAACCCAGAUCAGGGGGAGGAGGACGCCCCCCGGAGCAGCGAACUGGUACUGGCACAAGAAUCCGCGUGGGACAAAUUUGGAAGUAAACUGAAGGAUAUGCCAUUUUUAAACAACUUUUUUGAAAAUCCCAUUUUGGGCAAAUUAUUUGGAGAAACCGAACUGGCAGCAGCAUUAAGGGAGAUGAAAAUGUACGACAAGAAUUUUAAGCUAUCCGAACUGAUGUACCUUUUUGAGUUUGUCAUUUCGAAGCACAUCGUUGAGUCGUAUCUGAUUGGUGAUGAAGAGACGCUGCGUCUGCAUUGCGGGCAGUCAGCUUUUAAUUCACUAAAUGCAAGCAUAAACGAGAGGAAGAAAAAAAAAGUCUACUUGGAUACGAAUGUACUGAUAUAUAAAAAUCACGAACUAAAGGGGGCACAGAGAAUGGAGGAAAGCUCCCCCUGGUUUAUCUUUACCUUCCACACGCAGCAAAUCAACUGCCUAAAAAAUGCAAAUGACGAAAUAAUUGAGGGCAACAUCGAUGACAUUCGCGAAGUGGUCUACACGAUCGCUCUGUCCAAGCACCCCGAGCCGGAGAGGGAGGGUCUGCUCUACCCCUACAUCGUGCGUGAGUUUGCCAUUAUUGGGAACACCCCCUCGUGGUGA